CGGCCCUUAACAAAGAUGGCCGCCGCCCGGACUACGCGGGCGGGGAAAGUUUCCCUCCUCAGCCUCUCCGGUUCCGGCACCUCCGCCCUUGGCGGCACCGGAAGGCCUUUCGCGCACGGAAACUCUCCUCCUCCGCGCGGCCAGGGAGGAGGCCCCCGCGAGGAAAGGGGCCCCGCUCAGGCCCGCCGCGGAGCACGCCGGGAGUCCCCGCCGCGGCCAAUCGGCGGCGGCGGUCGCGGGGCAUGCCGGGAGUCUGGCCAAGGCCGGAGAGCCGCGCCGAGGGCCGCGCGGUGCAUGGUGGACUGCAGGAGUCCGGACAGCUCUUCGCUGAGCAGCUCUCCCCCUUUGCGGGGCCUGGGAUCCUCCCCGCCGCCUGAGCCUCCCCCCCCUCUGCACCCCUCCAUGAUCGGCUCGGCCAUGACCAGCUCCAUCGGUGGGCUUGGCUCCCCCUUCCCGGUCAUCAGCUCCUCCAUGGGCUCCCCGGGGCUCCCGGCCACCCCUUCCAUCGGCUACGGGCCCGUCAGCAGCCCCCAAAUCAACUCCACAGUCAACCUGUCCGGCCUCCACUCGGUCAGCAGCUCGGAAGACGUGAAGCCUCCGGUGGGCAUGAGGGUCCUGCCAGGGCACCCCCACAGCGGCCUGGUGCCCGGGAAGCGGCUCUGCGCCAUCUGUGGGGACCGGUCUUCAGGGAAGCACUACGGGGUCUACAGCUGCGAGGGCUGCAAGGGCUUCUUCAAGCGCACCAUCCGGAAGGACCUCACCUACACCUGUCGCGACAACAAGGACUGCAUCGUUGACAAGCGCCAGCGCAACCGAUGCCAGUACUGCCGCUACCAGAAGUGCCUGGCCACCGGCAUGAAGCGCGAAGCCGUGCAGGAGGAGCGCCAGCGGGGCAAGGAGAAGGACGGGGAGGGGGAGCUGGCUGGCACCGGCGCCAACGAGGACAUGCCGGUGGAGAAGAUCCUGGAGGCCGAGCUGGCCGUGGAGCAGAAGUCAGACCAAGGCGUUGACGGAGCCGGCACGGGGGGCAGCUCGGUGAGUUGGGGAAGGGGAGCAGCGGGAUCAGAGCGGUCCCUCCACCACCCCACCGAAACAGACGAGCCCAAUGACCCGGUGACCAACAUCUGCCAGGCUGCGGACAAGCAGCUCUUCACCCUGGUGGAAUGGGCCAAGCGCAUCCCCCACUUCUCGGAGCUGCCCCUGGACGACCAGGUCAUCCUGCUCCGGGCCGGCUGGAACGAGCUGCUGAUCGCCUCUUUCUCCCACCGGUCCAUUUCGGUGAAGGACGGGAUUCUGCUGGCCACCGGGCUGCACGUCCAUCGCAACAGCGCCCACAGUGCCGGCGUGGGGGCCAUCUUCGACAGGGUGCUGACCGAACUGGUGUCCAAGAUGCGCGACAUGCGGAUGGACAAGACGGAGCUGGGCUGCCUGCGUGCCAUCAUCCUCUUCAACCCAGACGCCAAGGGCCUCUCCAACCCCGGGGAGGUGGAGCUGCUGCGCGAGAAAGUCUACGCCUCGCUGGAGUCCUACUGCAAGCAGAAGUACCCGGAUCAGCAGGGGAGGUUUGCCAAGCUGCUGCUCCGUCUGCCUGCCCUGCGGUCCAUCGGGCUGAAGUGCCUGGAGCACCUCUUCUUCUUCAAGCUGAUCGGGGACACCCCCAUCGACACUUUCCUCAUGGAGAUGCUGGAAGCCCCCCACCAGAUGUCCUGACCCCACCCCCCACCCCAAGGACCGGAGGAUUGCUGCCAAGAAGGCCGGGAGCUCACCCACCCACCCACCCACCCACGCACGGUGCUCUGUGUUGAGGCCGGGGGCUGUACUUCCCAGCCACAGUGGGGUGGGGGCUAGCCCCCUCCCCGCCUUUGCAUAAAUCACGGGGUCCCCCUCAGCCAGCCUCUGAGUGCUGGGGGGGGUCCUCGCCCGGGAAAGGGGCUCCCUGUAACGCUGCUCCUCCCAAUCGGUUUGCGUGAGACGCCUCCUGGGCUGGGGGAGGGAUGUGCCAGGGCUCCUCCCCCCCCCUCCAUUGCAGCUUGGGAAGUGCCCCCCCCCCCCAGCCGGCUUUUUGGCACUGGGUUUCUGGCAGCCCCGUUCCGGUUCUGAAGUGGUUCCCGUUUCUUGUGGGGGGGGGCUUCAUUGAGUUCCCCCCCUCCUCUUCUGGCUUAGCACUUUGACUGUAUCGGCCCUCAUCUAUGCAAGGGGCACGGCCUGGUGGGGGGGGGACAGAGCACGCCCUCAUGCCAGACAGCCUGCUCGCCCCCUCCUGGCACAGGGGAGCCCACUGCCCCACGUCCUUGGGGUGCCCAGGGGCUGAGCUCCCCCUCUCACCCCCAAGAGGGUCGGGGGCUGCCCUGACUGUGGCCGAAUUGGAAGCCCCUCCCUGCCCCACCCCCUCCCCUCCCUUGGCUGAUGCCCUUCCCUCGCGCUCUGAGCACUGGCUUUGUAAGGCCUGAGGGGGUGGAGAGGGGGGGGGUCUCCCUCUCAGUCUCCCCCUGACUACAGGCUUCCUUCCCCCCUCCCCCAUUUAUGUGACCUCCCCCAAAGACCCACUUUGGGGGAGCUGUUGGUUUAAUCAGCCUGCUUUUUCCAAAGGGCAAAUCGUUUGCGCCCCCCCCUCCCCCCGCUUUGUUUCUCUUCCUUCCCCCAUUUUAAUUGUUUGGGCGCCCGGGGCACUCUCUUUGCUCCCCCUCCGCCUUACCCUCAAUCAGGAAUGCAGAACUUCUGAGCAUGUGCAGAGUGCCAGGCUGCGAUGUCGCCAGAGGCUGCCCGGCUAUUAUGGAAGAGAUGGACCUCCGCCCUUUGAGGGGAGGGGGGGGCACGGAUGUUGAAACUUUGGGGGGCUCCCUGAGCAUCCCCUGGAGGGCGGCCACAGGCGGUUGGAAGUGGGCCACGGGGUUCCCCAGCCCAGGCGAGACCGGCGUUCCCGCCGCCUGCAAGCCGGGUCCUCGGACGGCCACCUCUGUGCAACGGACUACGUUUCAGUCGUUUGGAAUCCUAGUUAGGUUUCUCUGUGGCUUCUGCUCAAACCUGGUUAAUAAAAAACACAGCUGUUGUGUUUGCAUUACGUACCACGCAAAUAAACCAUGCAUUGUGGUUUUAA